UAGUUUUUUCAAGGAUCAUUUAAGAUUGUCCUAGUUUCAUUGAGCUAGAGUUUUAUGUUUUUAAAAAGUUUUCGACGGCAUAGUUGGCUCUUCUAAAGCCUUUUUCUCAUGUUUUGGUACUUCAGAUUUUGUCUCAGACGUCACCAGAAAAAAGCAUAAUAAUUUUAUUCAUUUGUGGCCUUUUUGUGACAAAUUUUAAAAACGCCAAAUUCUUGAUUCUUGAAACGGAAUGGAAUUGCAAUUUAGUAUGUUUUUAUCGUUUACAAAAUACUGCGACUUCAAAUUAUUCCAGAAUGGAAGRCGUUCUUCAGAUGUGGACAUCCCUCCCUUGGCAUGGCUGAGGCCAGGAAGGAGCACUUUUUCGCCAUKUUACUUGCAGCCCAAGAACUUCGUAGUGUUGCAGGGGUCAUAUAGUAUCAGAAACGAAUUUCCAGCUCUAUAACUCAAUUGAAUCCUUUUGGAGGCGUGUGUAGGAUGGAUUGUAAAUACGGACUUUAUCCUGCUGAUCAAAAUAUCGAUUCUCCCGGUCUUUUUCCGUCAGCUGAUGCGCUUCCUGUUAAAUGGACCAAUCAACGUGGAGCGCUAAGAGGGGGGUAGGCCGUAUUGAUGCAAUUGGUCAAGGAACAUGGACGCACGCGGGGCUGGUUGUACAAGAACUCUGAAUCUUAUGCCGCCAUUUUGGACUUGUUCAAAGGGUUCAGAUUUUCGCUUGUAGGAGAGUUGACGUCUUUUGGAAUCUCACACAAAUAUAGCCAAAAGCUACAAUAGGUAUCCAUCUCAAGAUUUCAAGGAUUGGUUGCCCGUUCUUACUCUUUUAAAGGCUGAAAAUCGACUCGUGAAAAUUGGUAGUUUUGCAUAUAUCAAGCGUCCUGGUUGUUCUAAAACGAGGGAUUAGAACACGUUCUGUCGAGACGUGGCGGUCACGUGCUUUUCACAUCGGGAAAAAAACGUUUCCUCCCCUCGAGUUACUGAACUUCAGAAACUAACUAUUUUGUGAUAAAGAACAUUGAUUUAGGCAGCCGUUGGUGAUUUUUUAAGCUGUCACUUGCAUGGAAAAUGCGUUUACAGGGGACGUAUUUUCGCCACUCGUGUUCAUUGUGAAGGAGACACUGGUCGAUGGCGCAAAUGGCUCCAGCGCUUACCGAAGCAAACGCAUCUCCCGGGUCGCCGAGAAAGAAUUCUGUGGAUCGGUACUGUUCUUCGACGGUACCUGAGGAUUUAAAACAAAACACCAUAAGUAAAGGAGUAGAUUUAACGCUGCUUUCGCGAAACGGGCUCGUUCGAUUGCUCGACGAUUCUGAUAGUAGUAAUAACAUCACAAAUACAACUGGAGAGCAGUCUUCGUGCCUGUCUUCCCCGCCCAAAAGUUCAAUACGCAGCGAAGAAGAUUUUAAUUCAAUGGAUAUGCCUAACGGACAUCUACUUGGAUUCAAAGAAAACGAUGUGGCCAUAUCCAAAUCAACGAAUAUUUCGAGUGACGGUGAAAACCGAAAGCCCGCCAUUCUCUCUCAACGAGCAUGUGCUUCCAGUACUGCUACUACGCUAACAACACCGACUGGUGCUUGUAAUAUCGAAUGCGACAACGAGAAAAAUACUCGUUCUACAAAACAUCCUGUGGCAACAUUGAACUCUUGUAAGUCUUUUAUACCAGAAAGGACAGCAAGAUCAGUUCGAAACCAAGCUCGCCUCGAAAGCCGUGCGAGAAAGCUAGAGAAACGCCUCCGUAGACUGCAAACGCGGCAAAUUGAAACCCAUGUGCACCGACAAUUGAACGGGAUYSUUGAUCAUCUAAAAGGAAAGAAUGACUUAGAUUCUACCAAGAUUGAAGAAAAUUCUUUGGGUAAUAUUUUAACGAAAAAGGAAUCCUUGAAAUCGGAGAAGGAGAGGAUUUUGUCGAGCGCGUGUGCGACAUCACAUGAAAUCGACAAUGGUGUAAUUGCAUUUCAAGCGAAGGACACAAGGAACGCUCCAUCGAACACUAAUCCUUCGGAAAGCCACUUCGAAAAUGCAGUCAAAUAUUCUCCAGAGAGUGUUAACAAGGCCAUAAAGAAUGCUUUAAGUGAUGAACGRCAAAAAUUUGAAACCGAGAGUCUUGUUGAGGGUUUAACAGCGCAUGUAGAGCAUUUGGAACUGAUGUAUGAUUCAGAUGCGACCGAAGCGAGCUCCGGAGACGAAUGUGAAGAAGAUGAUCAAAGAUGCAGUGUGUCUAACUCUUUAAGAAAAGCUUUUCAACUGGAAGUAGGAGAGAUAUCUUCACGAUGGUCUUGGUUACAGUCUCAAAUUAUCAAUCUGGAAAGACAAAUUAGGCGUUAUGAGGAUGUUCACAAAAACGUUCGAGUCUCUAAGCAGCAAGUAAAGUUGCAAGCUAAUUCUCUUGAUCAAGAUGUAGAGGACAGCUUGCAAACUCCAGUGAAUAGUCUUGCAGCUAAAAAACAUUUAUCAACUCUGUCAGAGUCUUCYGAACUAAAGCUGAAUGUCUUCAAAGAACCYCAAAACCACCUCCGUAAUGGAAUCAAGAAAUCCUUAUUGAAGAAYAGCAUGAAUGAAGAUCAAGAAACACCUUCUAAAAAGCUACGAAUGUCYGACACUAAAUUACCUGUUUCAUCCCUUGGAGUUGAUUUAUCACUACAGUGCGCUAGAACUAGUGGGAUUUAUCCUAUACGUAAUCGUCAUUUGGUCCGUCUGUCAUGUCUUAAACAAAAUGGCAAAUUUGAUGGUUCUACCUGYCAAUGCUCUAAACCAGAAACUUCCUGUAUUUCAUGUUGCAAGRCAGCAAAGACAAUCAUUGCGGUUGACCCUAUGCUUCCGAUUGCAGACCGUGUCARAAUGCUUGACCAGUCAUAUCACCCAGUAUUAUCCUUUUCAACAGAAAUACCCUUGCAAUUCCACUUUGCAUCUAUCUUGAAGAAGGGUGGCUUUGAAUCAAGGACAAAACCACAGCCUCUUAAGACUUCAUCUUCGCAYUCUGAAAGAAAUAAAAAGCAAAUAAACUCAAAGCAAAGCAACAGACGCUCACAAUUGGCAAAGGGAGCUGCAGCAUCCCUUCUUUCAUCAGCCAAAUACCGCAAUCAACGAUACGAGCGCAAGCGUUAUGGCAGCCUUCCAACUACACCAAAGAACYCWAAAGCAGAYCAAGAACGUGCAUGUUACUCUGAACUUCCUCGCAAGAGACGUGCUGCUGCUAUCAGUGCAGGUACAGUAGCUUACAAGUCUACUGGAUGUGAAUAUGCCCAACUUCAAAAGCGAGCAAGAAGUCUGUCUUUACCAACAACUGGCUCAUCGUCAUCRACACCCACAUCGUCCCCAAGUCCAACCCCAUUGUCAAACUCCAUGCCACCAACAACACUGGGUCUUUUACUUCGCAAAAAAAGAACGAGUAAUGCAUUUGAUAUCAAUAAUAUUGUCAUMCCUUACUCAAUGGCAUCCUCGACUAGAGUGGAAAAACUGCAGUAUAAGGAAAUUUUGACUCCCAGCUGGAGGGUUCUUGAAGUUGAAUCGCCAUCCAAAUUAUCUGACAAAACCCAAGAAAAUGAAAAGGUUGAAACAGAAAUUCUGGACGACGAUAUUUUCGUUGAACGACACGAAAUCUGCGAGGAACACGAACGUAAAAGAUUCCUUGGUUUUCUCACGAAAAAACGAAAGCGUACACAACGACAGAGUAGUGAAAUUGGAAAUCCCGAUGAUCCUCUGAACACUCCUCCAGGCACUCCCGCCAUGACUCAUUCACCUACUGGUAGUGGCAUGUCGGGUUCAAUCACACCAACAGCAGGAACUCCAUUACUACCGCGAUCAUAUUCACUGGAAUAUAAACUGGCUCAUCGAAGAUCCUCAUCAACCGACAGUUUAGUUAAGGUCGAAGGAGAAUCUUGGCCAACUGUAACACCUUUUCCCCAAAGAAGUUUCCCUUUGUCAGAAACCGACGAGGCUUCCCUAAAGCUUCCCACUCCUUUACCAACACCUGUACCAUCUACACCUGCCUCUCCAGCGUUGCUGUCGCCGUCGUCCAGUCCAAUGUGUUCACCACUUGCGAGUCCAGCAAGCGACGUUGAUAUGAAUGAUAAGAUUGAUAGUGAAAAAAAUGAAUGGACAGUGAAGCUCGUAACGAAUGAUACGGACUCACCCAAUGGAGAUCAACCAAGAAAAGGAAUCGUACUUAAAUUAGCAAAGAGAUAACAUUACAAGGAAAAGCAUACAAAAAAUUAUAUACAGAUAAYGAUAAAAAGAACAAAAAAUAGAAAUGCGAAAUUUAAGCAUUAUGUAAAGGAAAUUGUUGGUUUUCCGGUUCCAUGAUUACACUGUUCACUUGUGUGAAGGGUUGCCUAUUGCCGACGAAGUUCAAGUUUUGUAUUAUACCAGUAAAAAAACAGUGUUUUUCAUCGACCACAACAUUCAACUCUUAAGGCCUUGUAGUUUUUACAGUGGUCUCGUAUUGGUGGAUCAAUUGGUUAUGUAAUGUGAUAGUCCAUUAAGUAAUUUACUAUUCAUACAUGCAGUCAUAUUGUACAUAGACACUACUGCUGUACAUACACAGUGUCAUAAAGUUUGUAGGGUUUUCCAUGUAAAAUAUAAGCAGCAUUUUGUUAAAUACAUUGAUUUAUAUAACC